AGCAGAGUCCACUGCCCAUGACAGGACCAGUUAUGAGCUAUGUUCAAUAUCCAGCACCUGGGGCCACAUAUGAGGAUGUUAUAGUUAGCACUAAUCUUUUUAUGGAAACUUUGGAGAAGUUUCAUGCAGCCAUGGGAACCAAGUUCAUGAUCCCUAUAAUAGCGGGCAAGGAACUGAACUUGCAUCGGCUUUUUGUGGAAGUGACGUCUCGUGGUGGUAUUGAGAAGAUUAUUAGACAGAAAAGAUGGAAAGAAGUGACUUCUGUUUUCAACUUUCCAUCUACGGCCACAAAUGCAUCUUUCGUGCUGCGCAAGUACUAUGGUUCCUUGCUUCAACAUUAUGAACAGCUUUACUACUUUAAGGCUCGGAGUUGGAGCCCUGUCUCUCCUGUUCCUUUGCAGAGUCCAUUGAUAUCACAAUGUUCAGCUCACGUGACUGUGCAGCCGUCACCAGAAUACCAAGCUGCUGCAGUCAAGCAAAAAAACACAAACACUGCCGAGUUGCGUGGAGUUGGAGCAAUGCCAGGAUCAUCUGCAAGUCCUCCAGUGGUGGGGGUAAUUGAUGGGAAAUUUGAGGGUGGGUAUCUUGUUACUGUCACGGUAGGUUCAGAGGAGCUCAAAGGUGUUCUUUAUCAGGCACCUCAUAACCAAUCAUGGCAAGUGCCACAGCCUCAUGGUGUGUCUGCCAACAAUAGUUUUAAUACAAACCCUGGACCAUCCGCCAGGAAUAGUGGUAAUACACACCCUGUACCAGGUACACGACGCCGGCGCCGUAGAAAGAAAAGUGAGAUAAAAAGAAGGGACCCCGCUCAUCCAAAACCUAACAGAAGCGGCUACAAUUUCUUCUUUUCUGAGCAGCAUGCAAGACUCAAACCACUUUACCCAGGGAAGGAUAGAGAGAUCAGUAGGAUGAUUGGGGAGCUAUGGAACAAAAUAAAUGAUUCCCAAAAAGCGGUUUAUCAGGAUAAAGCUCUUAAAGAUAAAGAAAGAUACAAAAUAGAAAUGGAGGGUUAUCGAGAGAGAUUGAGAACGGGGAAAGUUAUUAUUGACGCAGUUCCACUGCAGCAGUGGAUACCAGGUAAAGAUUCCGAGAUGGUGGAAGCAAGUGUCAGAACUGAGGAAAUUGGAAGGGGGUCUCUUCAGAAUGAAGUCUGUUCCAGUGAAAGUGAUUCUGAGGAUGAUGAUAGAACUGCAGAAAAAGAUUCGGACAUGGAAACUUCUCCAGUAUAG